CUCGUCUGGUUACAUUUGCGAUUCAUGGAAGAUUUUGAUAUCGAAACAAAAAUCAAUUUAUUCGCUUGUAAAACUAUAUAUCAACAACCUGAGAUCAAAAUUGGAAUAAUCAAGAGUUUGUUCAUGUAAAUAACAAAUCAUUGUGUAUUGUGUCACGUUGCUAAUUAAAACUAGACGACAUGUCUAAUCUCGAUGUUCAAUGAAGUCGGACAUAAUAGUGAUUACUUUGUUAUAGGGAUACGAAUUCACUCCAAGUCGUAUGUUUCUUUUGUGGUAGUUCUCCAUACGGGAUUCCACAAUGUUGUCGUCGUUCCAUCACAGAUUUAAAAGAUAUUAUAGUGUAAGGGACAAUGUGUAUUUCUAUUUUUGACAAGAAGUGGUGAACUCAUAUGCAGUGAUUGUUAUUUGUCAGCGUUUUGCAUAAGCACACCAACCAUGGCGGUGAAGAAGCAUGAGCUGGUGCAAGACAAUCGCCAGCUUGACCUGAAUUCACUUAUGCAGUAUAUCAAGUUAAUGAAUGAGCAGCCACACUAUCUGCCGCCUCCGUCUGAACUUGUUAGGAAUUGCCAAGAUAUUGUGAAAUGUCUCUCUCGCACUACUGGUACCGACGAGCAGCUGUGGGAGCUACUGCAGUCGAUCGAGGAGUUCCUCCACCGAGUGGUCAGCUCCGUGCACACCGGGGUCCGCCACGAGCUCAUCACUGCGGUCCUCGACAAGUUCCACUCCUUCAUCUUCGACCCACAGUCGGACGCUUGCCCAGCGACGUCAAUCGUGCUGGUGGUGCUGGACGGGCUGAACGACGAGGAGACUCUGUCCGCGGCGCGCUGGCUCGUGCAGCAGGCGGACCACUCGCCGGAGGCCGCGGGCUUGCGCGCCUCGCUCUCCUGCCUCUACCGCUGGAUGUACGAGUGGCACGGCACGCCCACGCUCGGCGAGUGGGUCAUGGCCUACAUCAAGGCUCUCGAGGAAAAUGAACAUUUUGAUCUGUUGGUGGAGGUGUCAGUAGACAAUGUCGGCCACUUGUUCCUUGCCAUGGGCAACCCGGUGGCGCUCCGCCAGUCCGUCGCUGACGUCAUAUUCCACAUCAUGGCUUCGCUGCGAGAAUCCGCCGAAGCUCUCGACAGAAUCUCCCCUCACGUCGGCACUGUGCUAGUGAACCUAGCGGCCGACAGUGGCCAGUGGAGUCGUCAGAUCCUCCAAGACGUGGUAGAUAUCCUCACGGCGAUGGUCGAUGGACGCAUGGAACUGCUCAAAGGCGACGCUCAGGACAUGUUCAAAGAAAAACACGCCGACUUGAUGUCGUGCCUGGAGCGACACAUGGCUUCCCGCGACUGUCGGUUCCUGCAGCGACCGCCGUGGCGCGCGCGCGACGUGUGUCUCUCGAGUGUCAACUCGCACGCGCCCAUGCGGAAGGUCGGCCUGCUCAAUCUCGGCAACACCUGCUACAUGAAUAGCGUCAUGCAGGCGUUGCUCGUCACUAGACCUUUCAGUACCCACACAGUUUUGAAGAUGAACGCAGUGCCAUAUUGGUCAAAGAUGGGGAUGCUAUUCGCCAAAAUGAUGCAUUCAAUCAGCACCAAACUGAACCCCGAUGAAUUCUUCUCUGUGGUCAAACCACCUUUCUUUACUAAGGAUAAUCAGCAUGACAGUUCUGAAUUUCUAGGGUACCUAUUCGAGUUGCUGCAGUCUCACGAGCACGGGUCCGACCGCAACUUCGACUACACGCGGCCGCCGAUCAUCGUCGGCCGCAGGGCGCUCCCACACAGCCCGCAUUCGCCACCACACUCUAGUGACGGCGAACACUCAGAUCCGGGCACGAACCGCCGGUCCGUGUCGCCGCGGCCCGGGAGCAGCGCAGCCGGUUCCAGCUCAGGUCUCAAGCGGCACGGCGACCCCGAAAUGCACUUGCCUCUGAAGAAGCGAAUGCGCAUGACCGAGUCGGCGUUCCUGCGGCGGGACUCGUUCAUCGACAGCAUGUUCGGCGGCGUGCUGCUCACGCGCGUCGAGUGCACCGAGUGCCACUCGUCCUCUCUCUCCCGCGACGUAUUCCGGGACCUGCAGCUCGCGUUCCCCGAGAAGCUAGAGGGCACCCAGCACAGCGUGCAGAGCUUGCUGGAGUUCUACUGCUCCAAGGAGCGGUUGUCCGGCGACAAUAGAUACGAGUGCCGCGACUGUGGAGGCCUGCGCGACGCCGAGAGGAGCGUGCUGAUCGAAACUACUCCCAAGUUUCUCAUUCUGGUGCUAAAGAAUUUCAAAUUUGAGCCGAAAUUGCAAGUUCAAACCAAAUUAAUGCUCUCGAUUCAUCACAACCACACGGUGACGUUGCCGACUGUGCGCUCCCAGGCCGACCACUCCGCAUACAUACUGUACGCUGCCGUUAUUCACGCCGGGACCACGCUCGACUCCGGGCACUACUACACCCUAGCGAAAGACAAUGGACAAUGGCACAUGUACAACGACGACGUGGUGUCGGCCGCCGAGGAGGGCCAGUUGAGUGGCUUGAAUCGUUCCAGCACGCCCUACAUCUUGUUCUAUCGACGCACCGACAUCGACGAGGGCACCGCGCCCUCGCUGGAGGAGAUGCCCCCCAAGGUGCAGGAGUCGGUCAUGGCUCACAACAAACACUACGUAGAAACAGUUCGCAAAAUGCGGCUCACGAGGCCAUGACGGCUCCGAUCGGACAAGUACAUUGAUUUCACUGUACUAGACUACGUCGAUCCCGAGCAAUAAGGACACAUUGUUCCAUAUCAAAAAGUGACAUAAUUAACGCUGCAAGGAAACGCGACAAAGUUUAGUUUACGAUAGACUAUUAGUUGGUUUUUAUUAUUAGCCGUGACGCAUACAUCAAGUGAAGUGAAUUAACUUAUAAGAUUUUGACAGACUAUAAAAUCUAAGUAUAUGUUGUUCGUCAUGCACAUCCGUUUUGUGAUAUAGUUGUUGAUCUGGACUGAAGAUGUGAGUGAGAUAUUUUCCGAUAGAAACUAAUAUAUUUAUUUAUAAUAGUAACAUCAAUAUUUCAGUCCUGUUUUUGCAAUUUAGUAGUGUGCGUGAGGGCGUGGCAUUAGAUGUUGUAUACGCGUAUCUCCCUGCCAAGAGGCAAACCCGCCUACUGACGUGAAACCAAUCUGAAUCUGAACGCCUCUCCGGUGUGUUUACGCUUACAUCUGAAUGAACGAUUUAGUGAUUGAUUUUACACUAGAAACAUUUGCUUUCGUCGGCAGUAGCUAAACUAUUUGAUGACAGGUUCACUAUAUCAAUGUUACACGUAGUAUGUUCACCAAGUCACAACCGCUGUAAAAUUGCUGAAGAACAUUUAGAUUAAAAUCCAUCUGCUUUUAGUAUCAAACCGAGUUCCUAACGCGGUACACCUAUAAGUACAACUUAUAAAAUUACAUUAUUAUAAUAACUUAGCGUUGAAAGUGUAUACGUUCGUAAGUAAACAGUACAUUAUGAUUCGUGCUACGUUGCCCGCGUUAGCUAAUGCGGCAUCUCUUUCGCUCAUGCGCAGUAAAUAAGCUAAGAGAGAUAGUGAGUUUUUCUAUACACUUGCGAGGAAAACAUAGACUUGUAUAGUUAGUCGUUUUUUAAAUUACAGUAACUCUACUGUCAGAAUGGUUACAUGAUAAUAAAAUUGUAAUGUUCAAUGACCUGUAAUACUUUACAUUUUCGAUUUCCAGUUUGAAUCUUUAGUCAGUUAUAGGAAACGACUCUUUGUUGUUAUCCACUCUUAUCAUUAUAAAAAUCAAAAUAGCUAUAAUUAGGUACAGUCAACUGUAAAAAUAUGGGUGCACAAAUCAUCUCAAAAAUAUGUCUCAUAGUUCUUAUGUCAGCGAAUUCAGAACUAUGGAACAUAUUUUUGAAUAAGUCGGCUACACCCAUAUUUUUAUAGUUGACUGUGCCAGUUUGUUUUGUUCAAAAGAAAUGAGUGCUAUUUAAUAUCACUCAUUUCUUCUAAUAAUUAGAAGAAGCGCGCAGUUAGAUUCAACAGCAUCUUCGCAUGAGAGCCACGAUCACGACGACUAUUGUGAAGCAGAUAAAGGUCCCAAAGGACUAGAUCUCGAAUUUUAUUGGACAACUUAGAAAUUUGGCUAAUCAAGCAACGUAUUGGCUACAGAGAUGUUGUUGCUAGUCCGGGAGAAGUCGACUGGACGAGAGAUUUCCUUUAAGUGCAAAACAAUUUUCGUAUUAUUUACCUUAACAUGCAAUGAAUAGGCAUCAAACUUCAGCAUUGUUUUAUGGUUUUGGUUACAUACCUAUAGGAGAUUUAUCUGUAUCGUAUGGUUACCUUUUCGUCAGUAACGUUUGUGUCACUAUUUCACAGUUGUACAUUUGUGGUUAUCAAUUUGAAGUGAAUGGGUGAAUGUGGUACAGUCGACGUCAAAUAUAUGUUUACAUUUUUCGCCUUAUUACAAAGGAGUAAGGUGCAAAAGUGUAAACAUAUCUUUGACGUCGACUGUACAAUGCCAUCAAAAAAUUUAAAAUUAAUAAGUAAAUUCCAAAUAUCACUUAUGACGUUCCCAAUAUGGUUUAUUAUAUGUAAGGUUGUGUACUUGCAAUUUUUUUUACAAGACAACUGCGUUGUGGUUUGAAUGGAUAUUCCCUUCAAGGGAAAAAUGUUUUUGCAACGGCGGUCGCCGGUGCUCUAGCCACUGCCUUAUUCUAUUAUUCAUACACAUAACAAUCUCUAAAUUUAUGCUUUGAAAAUGUUCAUAACGUUGUUAACGCAAGAGCUGGACUUUGUGCGCAAAUAAACUAACGUAAUGUUUUCAAUGUUAAAACUAUUUAUUCAUAAAAAAAUGUGUUCUAUACGUUUUUUGUAUAUAUACUAUGUAUUCAAAUAUUUUUUUUAAAAGCACGAUAUUUGAUAACCAAUAUUAUAUUGAUCAUAUAAAUGCUUUGGCCAUGAAAAUAUAAUCAAAUUAGUCGCCAUUUGUUGUAAACGUGCAAAUUUCACAAGUACUCAUAAUAAAUAAUAAUAAUAAUAAAGCUACCUUUGUGCUAUUUUUGUAACGAGGAGAAAGUUUCGUAUUUAUAUUCCGUGCGGAAAGUGAAGAGUCGUGGAAUGUAAGAGAACCCAUACAUUCUACUACUCUUCUCUUUCCGCACUAAGACUACAAAAGUUUAAUCACAUAUUAAGUUGUUUGCUUUUUUCUGAUAUUGGUUAAUACUUAACCGGUCGGCCAUCAAUAAAAUGAUAGUUGAUAUUGAAAAUGUAGGCACUCCUGGCGCGCGGCAGACGCGGCAGUCUUGUCUGCUCCUUAUCCAAAUGACUCCUUAAUUUCAUGUCAUUCAUGUCAUGCUGUCAUGACAGCGUUCGAUAUACCGGGUGGUGCCUGUAACAGGAGCAAAAAAAAAACCAGACUAUUCCUCAAACUGAUCAACAUGUUCAGCUACUAUUAUACAUGUGAUGUGAUGUUUAUUUAGCACACUUUGAUGUUUAUUCUGAAACUCGAUGUAUGGCGAAUUUUGUUAUAUUUGAAGCUCAACAAGCAACGUCAAUUACACUGAUGACAGCGUACAUUGAUAAUAAUAUUUAAAAUGUAUGAAAAAUAGGAAAUCUAAAGUCUCCAUAAUUUUAAGUUAUUGAGAAAUGGGUUAUUGUUUGAAGAGUAUCUAAGUAUGUUUAGGUUAUUUGCUCGUGUUGCAGGCCCCACCUGGUAUCACAAGAAACAAGAAAUCUUAGCCAAACGAUAAUGUACUUACUCGGGGCCGAAUAUGUAACUACAAUAAACUUACAUUUACAUAUUUGUUUUACAUGUCUUUAUUUAGUCAUACUUGAAAUGACUAGACCAGAACAAUUCUUGGGUUUGACGCUCGCUGCUACGGGAUAGGGAUGUCUCGAUGCUCUGUUAAUUUUUAUCUUGGCGAGACUGAAAUUGAGUGAUGAAGAUCUUGAGGUCUUAAAAUUAUACGUAAAUAAGUAAACAAGGUGUUUCCGUCAUUAAGGGUUAUAUUUAUAUAUGUAUAAAUGUUACUAUAAAAUUAUAAUCUCAUGUGUACAGAUAAAUUACAGAUGUAAAGUUCGUAUUUGUUAUAAUACUUCAGUCAACAAAGAGUAGACUCUUUAUACCGAGACUGACUGAUACAGCAAUACACGUUGGUACGUUUCCGUGAAAAAUACGAUGGGAAAUAAUUAUGCACUACAUCUGUACGUCUUAUUUGUGAUGGGUUUUUAAAUUUGAAUUUCUACUUUAUUACAAAGAGACUGAAGUCAAUAUUACAUACACGCCACCCAAUUUCUUUUGUAUAUUUAAUUAAACAUUUAGUAUGGAAAGUAUACAGUGUGGAAAGAUAAGACGGGCCCUGGAGAGAAACUACCUUAAAUCCUUAAGUUGGCUCAUUUAACUUAAAGGUGACAUUUCUUUAUUUUUAAAAAGAAACAAAACUGCAUUCAAAGAUUUUCUAAAACUCGCUUGCCUCGCCCGGGACUCGAACCGACUAAAAAUUCCAAAAAAUAACACUCGCAAUUUUAUUCUACUAGUUGAUACAGUUAAUAUUAAUGAUAACAUUUCUCCAAGAAACAAUAGGUCUUACACUCGUCUUGUAUAAAAUAUCCAUAAAAUCUAAUAUUUAGUACUAAAGAUUUUUUUAGACAAGCCAAAUUGAAAAAAAAAGAAAAAUCUUUAAAUGCAGUUUUGUUUCUUUUUAAAAAUAAAGGAAUGUCUCCUAUAAGUAAAAUAAGCCAGCAUAAGGAUUUAAGGUAGUUUCCCUCCAGGGCCCGACUUAUCUUUCCACACUGUAUAUUUAAAAAAUAUCUAGCAAACACAAACUAAAGGUAGCGAAAAAAGAUGACUGUUACUAAUUGUCGUCAUUCAUUUUAUUAUAACGCAUCUUACCAUUUUACAAACAUUAAUCUCUAGCGUCCUGCUGUCCAAAAUAUAGUCCAUAGCGGUAGUGGCCGAGUGGAUAAACAUCCGACUUUCAAUCCGGAGGUUGCGGAUUCCAAUCCUGGCUCGUACCAAUGAGUUUUUCGGAACUUAUGUACCACUAGCUUUUCGGUGAAGGAAAGCAUAGCGAGGAAACCUGCAUAGAUCUGGGAAGAAAUUCAAAGGUGUAUGUGAAGUCCCCAAUCCGCAUUGGGCUAGCGUGGGGACUAUAGCCCAAGCCCUAUCGCGCAUGAGAGGAGGCAUGACUGCAAUUUUCUGCCGCCAGAGUGCAUCACUAGCACAAAUUAUAACCAUUGAGUAAUCUUAUUACAUAUUAUGCCUUAAACAGUUUUUUUACAAGUUUCACAGAUAAUAAAAUAUGACGUUGAUGCAUCAAGGAGGCUUGUUUACAGAGGGCCUACCGGGAAUCGUGAAAUUCGAUAUUUUUUUCGAAAGAGUGAUAGAGGUAUAGAUUGUAAAUAACAAAAACUUUCGUUCUUAUUUCACGGUGGCCCUCAGAUUGUGCUACUAGCGCCCUCUACGCAGAGUUUUGCGUAAUAUUUCCUAUUAAGUAUACUCAUGCGACAAGCGUUCCAAAAUUUUCUAAUGGGACAUUGUCGGACACUUCUCACAUUUUUGUGUGGGAAAUGAUGUAUUGACAUUGAGUUCCAAAAUUAAGACUUUAUUCCUUGUAAAAUUUUCCGGAGUUCUUUUUACCACUCUUUGCACAAAUCUCGGCGUAAAAAUCGCCUUGUCGUUCAACUGUCCUUAUGUCGCUUCGAUAUUUGUACCUACUUGUAAAAAAAGGUAUAACAUUAUACCACAAUAAUGGGUAGGUAUAUUAAGAUUUAUGAAUAAGCGGGUGUCUAUUUGAACAAAGUUGUGAUUGUAGGGUAUUUUGGAUUAUAUAAUAAUGCUGUAUGAUCCGGGGUAAAGGUUCUGAAAGAAAAGUGUACAGUGUAUAUAAAUCAAUAUAUCUAUAAUUAUAUUAUAUGUGCAUUAUUAUCUGUACGUAAUAAUAUUCAUAAAACAAACAUGUAGUGCAUUUAAACCGUAUUAUAAUAUAAAUGUUCAGGAUAUGUAACAAUAUGUAUAGUCUACGCAGCACCAAGUGACUAAAAUAAUGUAAAGAAAUAUGUAAUUUUGCACAGAUGCUUUGAUUAGAGAUCUUGGUGGUCCUUGUAUAAUACUGUAUCUUGGUCACACAUUCACAUAACGGCCACAAUCAAAAUACUAUGUACUUAUUCUGUUGAGUAACUCUUCCAAUAAACAGGUGAAAGAAUUUGAGUGUACUUUAACAAUAAAUAUUACGUAAAUUCUCGCGGGUCUCAGUAAUAACGACAUAGUUCUAAAGCAAUGGUAACUAUUAAUGUAUAUGUAAAACUAUAUCUAAGUGUGGUCAUUAAUUUUAGUACAAAGGCCUACUGUAUUUCACACCGAAUUUUGUGUUCAAUAGUUAUUCGUUUUUCUCGUUUUAAUAUAUAUCAAUCAUUGUUGAUACCUUCCCGUUGGCUUUUUAACACGUUCACUGUCCGUGCCCCACAUAUGGGUCACGGCAAGCCUGUAUUACAAAACCGUAAGGUUAACAAUUCGAUUGGGACAGUGAACGUGUUGAUGCCAUAGGAUCUUUUUUAUAUUUAAAUACAGUUUUAAGGAUAACUAGCAUGUGUCGCAUUUAAUUUCACAGGGGUGAACUGCAAACAUAAUUAUCUUAUGAUUUCGGGACCCCUAAGAAUGACCUUUCGCCUACUCAAGAGCUUUGUCAACCAUCGCCAUGUGCCGGAUGAUGGAGCUCAUUUGAAUUACUUUGGUUCCUUUGUCUGGCGAGGGCGUGACAUUCACUGUUUGUGUCUUACUGUUUCUUCCUCUUCGCCACACAUUCAAGAAUCGGUGUUGUCAGUGUCCCAUCUUGGCUAAUGGCUACUCUACACGAUGGGCCAGCGCCAGCCACUCCAAUGGACGCAUUUAUACGUUAGAGGGGGCAAGUGAUAUUGCUAUCUCAUUCUACCGCAUGGCUGCGUCUCUUGGAGUGGCCGACGCUGGCCCAUCUUGGCUUCUAUGACCCCGUAAACACCCCUGUUAUAAUUUGGAGUUGUCUUUUGCUAAGUUUCCAUAGCAUCUUGCUCCAGCCCGUGACGCCCAUGUCUACUUUUUGCAUAAAGAGCUUUGAGUGCUUCAGAUCCUUCAGACUGUUCCAUUCUACGCUAUUAACACCGUCAGGCAUAUAUGUCUUAACUAAUGAUUAUGUGGAAAGUUCGUGGCAUAAAUGUGAACUUUUGUGUGUUCAAAUGUUCACAAACAUUGAGCAUUAUGUCAUCUGGCAAAAUAACUGUAUGUAUGGCCCGUGACAGUCAUACCAGAGGGACUAGCCAAAAUGCCAAUCGUUUGCGCCGCAGCGAACGAAAUCGUAAUGUCUAUUACUCUUCCAAAUAAGUGCGAAAGAGAGACAUUAGCAUUUCGUUACGGCACAAAUGUUUGGCAUCUUGGCUAGGCGGCUCGGCUGUUCAUUCGGAUGUCACAGUCGCGUAAAACGGAAAUAUUGGUGUCUACAGGCGUGUUAUAGUAUAUUUAGUCGCGCUUUAUCACAUUCGACAUGACAUUAUUUAUUAUAUUGUAUAGAGCUCGUGUCGUCAGAACGAGAAGUACGUAAUUCCAUGGCAUGUCAGUGUGACCAUAAUACACCUGACUUUGCGGUGCGCAAAGUCAUAUUGGAGCGAUCAGAUGUUCACAAAUAUCCGAACAAACCCUCUACUAUACAGAUCUUAGAGGUAGACUUAGAUCAAGAUAAGUUAGCAACGGAUUUCAAAGCACACGGAGCAGUGCAAGUGUUAUUUUAAUCUUCAAGUUUCUAUGAAAUUAUGACAUAUAAAUAAUAAAUAACACUUGCACCUCGUGUGCUAUCACUAUCAUAAUCGUUGCAGACUUAUCUUGGUCUAACUCUAUUGCUAUUUCAGUGUUAAUCUCUUGACCGCUAAGAUAUGUCUGUUAGCGCCUGUACAUAUUGGCUAUGACUAGGUAAAUUUCACAACAAUGAAAAUAAAAUACUAACCUACCUUGCUUACAAUUAGUUCACUCAUUUAAGAGGAUAGUGGACGACUGAUUCUCCAUACAAACGUAUAGGUCAAGAAAUGAAUGCUCAAAAAACGUUGUAGAGGGAAAUGCUAGGAACACAAUUUUUGACUCCGUAACUUUGUUUGGACUAGUUAGGAGGUAAACAUAUCAAAAGUCCCCGGCUGUAGCCCCGCUGCUGGGGGGCAGAGGGGGGUAAGAAGGUCGAAUUUUUCGGUUUUUCAUUGAUAUCUUGGAAACUUUGCGUCUUAGCGACAUGACUACUAAGACAAACCGAAAACUGAUAAAAUUAGUUACAAGUUUUAUCCUGUCAAGUUUUUCGAUAUCAUGAAUAGUUUUUGAGAUACCCGCUCUUGAAAGUUUAUUUAGGGAUUUUAAUUUUAUCUUGAUAUCUACGUCAGUGAAGCUGUUAGGCCAUGUUUGGUAUCAUUUUCGUAUAAAUCGGGGGUGCUGAAUUCAUUUAUGGUAUCACCUUGACACCAUUCCGAAGUAAAACCAAAAUUUAAAAAUAAAUAUUUUUUUUAAUCCCUCUUCACGCUUAAACCGCUGAACCAAUUUCGUUGAAAUUUGGUAUAGAAAUAGUUUAAAUCUGGACACACGACAUAGGAUAGUUUUUAUAACCAAAAGCAUCUUUUGAGGGUGUGAAAAGUGGGGUGGAAGUUUGUAUGGGGAGUCAAUAACCGCUGAACCGGUUUAGAUGAAAUUUAGGACGGAAUACAUCUGUGAUUUGGAUGAAAGCGAUACCAAACAUGACUUAAAACCUUACCUUGAGCAGUAUUAACCUCAGGAAUUCAGUUUCGUCGACGAAGUUGAAUUCCCCCCAUACUCCAUUUCACAACUUUAAAGGAUGAUUAUUGAGAUAAAAAGUAUCUUAUGUCCUGUCUUGGGACUCGAAAUAUCUGUAUACCAAAUUUCAAUUAAAUCGGUUGAGCGGUUUAAGCGUGAAGAGGAAUUUAAAAAAAAAGGUAUUUGUUUAAAGUUUAUAUGUUUUUUCUUAGGAAUGGUGUCAAUGUGAUACCAAAACUGAAUUCAGCACCCCCGAUUUAUACGAAAAUGAUACCAAACACGGUCUAGCAGCGUCACUAAUGUAGAUAUCAAGAUAAAAUUGAAAGCCCUAAAUAAACUUUCAAGAGCGGAUAUCUCAAAAACUAUUCAAGAUAUCGAAAAACUUGACUGAAUAAAACUUGUAACAAAUUUUAUCAGCUUUUGGUUUGUCUUAGUAGUCAUGUCGCUAAGACGCAAAAUUUCCAAGAUAUAAGUGAAAAACCGAAAAAUGAGACCUUCUUUCCCCCCUCUACCCCCCAGCACCGGGGUUACGGCCGGGGACUUUUGAUAUGUUCACCUCCUAACUAGUCCAAACAAAGUUACGUAGUCAAAAAUUGUGUUCCUAGCAUUUCCCUCUAUAACUUCUUAUUGCUUGGCCUAGUAGUCCCCCUAAAUAAAAUAAUUGAGCAAAAUGGGGACGACUUAGUUUUUUUGGGGUAGCAUCGCGUUGCGCGCGUACACUUUCCUCUUAACAAAUCUUCUGAAUUUUCCUUACAUUGGUUAUUACCUAUGCGUUUUAUACUCUUUUUAACAAUGACCUUGAUAACAAAAUCAAUAGAUUAGCAUAAAUAUAUGAACACAUUAUUGUUGCAAUCAAGGUACGAUUCUAUAUUUCCUUUAGUGAGGUGGUACCCUACCUGUGUUUUGGUUAUUAAGUUUUCAACUACAGAAUGCAGAUAGGCAGACAGGCCCUCUGAGAGCCUACCUAGAAGCAUCUUUCUCUGUCACUUUAAUUACGCCAUAAUUGGAGUAAAAGGGAAAGAUGCCCGCAAUAUGUGAACUUCGGUGUUCGCGGUAGGCGUUCGUUACGAAAUGAAUGUUGUGAUUAAUAUUUCACCAGAGGCAGGGGUAAAUCACGCGGAAUCGUUUUUACACAGACUUUGUACGUCUUACGUUUACUUAUACAACUGUUUCGCGUUUCUUUAUGUAAAUAAAGUUAUAGCAUUUAAGUAUUUUGAAUGGUUAAUAUUAGCAUAUUUGUAGCUUAACUAGUUAUAUUUAUUUGACUUGUAAUUCGACAAAUUAUCUCCAUAUAUUAUAAUAUUCAUUAUAUGUAUUUAGGUAACACAUUGUGAAAUCAACUUUGGAUUAAAAAUAAAUGUUUUUAAAGCCUG